UCACAUGCAUCUGUCAGCUGUCAUAUCACUGCAGUCCAGUUGAGAAGAAACAACAGUGCUACAAAUGUGUCUCUACAGGAACAUAGUGUGGUUUAUCAAGGGAAUGAGGGAGUAUACAAGGUCUGGAUUUGAGAAUGCCUCUAAGAGCUUUGUAGCAAAGGACCUGGAUGUGUCUAUGGUGGGCCGUUCCUUCAUGAUCACCGGAGCCAACAGCGGAAUAGGGAAGGCGACAGCCAUGGCCAUAGCCAAAAAAGGUGGCACUGUUCAUAUUGUCUGCCGAAACCAAGAGCGAGCCGAGAGAGCCAGAGAAGAAAUCAUCUCAGCGAGUGGAAAUAAUGAGGUUUACGUCCACGUGUUGGACCUCUCCGAGUCAAGAAAGGUGUGGGAGUUCGCCGAGGCCUUUAAGAAGGAGCACUCAUCGCUCAAUGUUUUGAUCAAUAAUGCCGGAUGUAUGGUGAACCAGAGGGAAAUGAACUCUGACGGACUGGAGAAAAAUUUUGCCACCAAUACUCUUGGUGUUUAUGUUCUGACUAAAUGUCUGAUCCCAUUGCUGGAGAAGAGCAGGGACCCCCGAGUUAUCACGGUGUCAUCGGGAGGGAUGCUGGUGCAGAAACUAAACACGGAUGACCUGCAGACAGAGAGAGCUCCAUUUGAUGGUACCAUGGUAUACGCACAAAACAAGAGGCAGCAGGUAGUGAUGACAGAGGUCUGGGCGAAAGCAAAUCCCAAAAUUCAUUUCUCUGUGAUGCACCCUGGGUGGGCCGACACACCAGCGGUUGCCAAGGCGAUGCCUCAGUUCCAUCAGAUGAUGCGUGAUCGUCUGCGUACAGCGGAUCAGGGAGCCGAUACGGUCGUCUGGCUCACCGUGUCACGCGCCACCACUGCGUUUCCCAGCGGCCUUUUCUUCCAAGAUCGACAGCCGGUUUCAGCCCACUUGCCCCUGGCAUGGACACACAGCUCUCGACGGGAAGUCAAAGUGUUCAUGGCCCGGUUGGACACUUUGGCGAUGGCUGUCAAACCCUCAGAGUGAGAUAUUACACAUAGAACGUGUUAGGUAUUACAUGUCAGAUAACUGAGAGCUUUUACAGUAUGUAGUACUAAAAUAACACUCAUGUUAUAUGUAAUAAAGAAUGAUAUGAAUAUGAAUCUGUAACAACUACUGUAAUUGCAAAAUAAUCAUACAGAAACUAAAAGUAGUCUUAAACAACAUGAAACAUGAUGUAUUUCUGAGUGAAAUAGGACAUUUAACAAGAAACAAAAGUAGGCCGAGUUGUGAUUUUAUCCAUUGCCAAUGGACUGUAAAAAAAAAUUGUUUCCAUACAGUUGAGUUUGUAGUCAAUUGUAAAAACUGCUAUCUCCCUG